UUUUAAAUAGCGUCCGACAAAUACCUAUAAUAAAAAAUAAUUUUAGGUUCGAUAUGAGGUUUAAGAGUUAAAAUGUGAUCAAAUAAAAGGACACCACGAUACGGAAGUGUUCUAUUGACAAAUGUUAAAGACCGAAAAUAUAGAGCCUACGUUUCUAGGUCGUUUGGACGAUAGUGGGUCGGGUAGGUGUAAGGUGUUGGGACGGUAUGUGGCAUAAGCAGGCUGUGUUAUGAAUGAGGAGGCUCUGUUGGCUCGAGCUUCCGAGGAGCGGGAGCGUAUCUUCCAGAGAUACGAGAGAGGCCGCGAGAAUCUCGUCGGACAGAUCGACCCCUGGGAGGACCCCGAAUUCGAAGAUUACCACAAAACUGACAGAUAUGGCUUCAUUCACGACGAACGCUUGCCCCAGAAAACGGCGCCGCAAAAGGUCAACAUCGAAGUCGAGAGAGAAAAGAAAUGGAUCAAAAUGCUCGGCGAGUGGGACUCCCCGGGCACAAAGGAAAAGUUGCACAGAAGAAUAUACAAAGGCAUUCCGAAUUCACUUCGAAUAAGAAUAUGGUGUAAACUCCUCAACGUCAACGCCAUGAAGUCCGAGAACCCGCACAAAUACCGGGAAAUGUUGAAGCUGGCGAAGCAGUGGUCGACGGACGUGAGGCAAAUAGAUUCCGACGUGAACAGACAGUUCCGCGAGCACCAGUUCUACAGAGAGCGAUACUCCGAGAAGCAGUGCUCGCUGUUCAACGUCCUCUGCGCUUACAGCAUGUACAACUCGGAGGUGGGCUACUGCCAGGGUAUGUCGGGGCUGGCCGGUGUCCUGCUCAUGUAUAUGGACGAGGAGGACGCCUUCUGGGCUCUAGUGAUCCUGUUGUCCGACAAGAAGUACGCCAUGCACGGACUCUACGUGGAGGGGUUCCCGAAACUCACCAGGUUUCUCGAGCACCACGACAGAAUACUCGUUAAGUUUAUGCCAAAGUUGAAGGUCCAUUUUGAUAAGUUCGGCCUCGAUGCUAUACUUUAUUCUUUGAAAUGGUUCUUUGUGUGUUUCGUGGAACGAGUGCCAUUCAGCCUGUGCUUGAGGGUGUGGGACAUAUACCUACUGGACGGCGAGCGAGUGAUAACGGCCAUGGCGUAUACUAUACUAAAGCUGCAUAAGAAAGCGAUCAUGAAGUUGAAUGAUAUGGAUCUUAUAGUCAAUUAUAUACAGGUAAAACUACAUAAAGACUUCGGUUACGAGGACGACAUAGUGAUAUACCACCUUCAGAAAUCAAUGGAGGAGUUGAGGAAAGCGAAGCUCGACUACCCCGGUCCCCCGCCCGCUUCGGAGCUACCCCAGCGACCUCUGGGCACCUUCGUGGAGCCAGAUAAGAAGCUCAAGAUCGGCCAGCGAGCCGAAAACUUCUCGGAGACAGAGAAGCAGGCUCGAGCCACGGUUAUAUUACGUCGCGAGAAAGCGGCGCUCGAGUUGCAGGACCUGCGUGUGUCACAGAGCGACACGGUGUCAGCUGCAACUUUUGUAGAUCACAGUGGCGUAGCUAGCGGGGUCCGGUGCGAGGACUCGGUGUCCGCUCUCGGGUCGCGGCGGUCCUUGGCGGAGACGAGUGUGACCAGCACGGCGGACUUGAGCGUGUUCUCAAGCGGGCGCUCUCACGCGCCGGACAACUCUCUCGACACACACAGCAAUAUCAGCGACGACGGCACAGGGUCAGAUGGGUCCGGAGUUUGCGGUUUAAGUAUUCAGUGGGGUCCGUCGGCGGCUUCCACGCCGCGGGCGACACCCCAUCCCCCGUCUGUUUCGCCCCAUUCCGAAGACGUGGUGAGAAUACACGUGACGUACAAUCCGCUGGCCGCCAGCCCCUCCCAUCUACAGCCAGUUAGCCCCUCCAAGUACAAAUACGAUGAACACAAGAAUCUCUCCCUCGGCUUCUACACGAACGGAGCAACGAAUAUGCCGUCGGACAACAGGAUCAGGAUUCAGGUGCCGUCGGAGGAGUUACUGACUCCAGUCGUGGACUCCGGCCGCAUUAUAACCCCAUAUUACGAGUCCCGGUCUGGCUUGUACGAUCUGAAGUAAAUAGUCAAUAGGUUAGUGUUUGGGCGAAGCUCGGAGAUUGUUGAUCGGUGUUGGAUUUCUUUGACGUGUAUUUUUUAAAAGAAGCUAUUGACAGUAUGACAAGACUCACAAGAGUCACUACGACUAAAGCCCAGUUUAUUUUUAUGUAUCUCUCUCUAUUAGCAGUUUGUCACCGAUUCAAUAUCGUGCCGAGCUCAGCACAAACUUAGCAACUAAUGAUUUUUGAAAUCUCAGUGUAUUAAUAAUCUCGGAGCUAUUUCAGCUCUUCUUACUAGAGUGUUCUAAAUGGGCAAUUACCCAAAUACUUUUUAAUAGAUCUGUUACCGUCUCAUAGAAAAGUUUAUGGUGUUUAGGAGAUUCGAAUGGACUUUUAGGUACUAGUAGAGAUUUGUUAUUACAAAAUUAGGACUAAGAAUUUGUCUAGUGAUAAAUAUAUAAUAUUCUUAUUUUCAAAAUCCAUUCCAUGUUACAAUAAAAGCAUUUUUAAAAUUAAAGAUUUUUUACGUAUCUACUUUUACGAAUUAAACCACAUAAGAACAUUAUUUUGUAAAUAAUUCAGAUAUAAGUUAGUUUAAAAAGGGAAAACUCAUUUGGAUCUUGAGAAUUUUAUGAAAUUGUUAUUGAUAUUAUUUUGUAAAUAAUUGUGAUGUACGGCAGCUUAUUUGUAUAGGCUGCACACAAAAUAUUGAAGAUCCCUCGGUGAAAUUAGUAGGGGCAAUAGGCGCAUUUCUAAAAUAUAUACCAAUAACAUGUCUCUUUCUGAUAGCUACCAAUAACAAAUCGUCUGAUCACUGAUCUACCAACAGCGUGCCUCCGCUCGCACCCGCCCCGCCCACUCCUCGCCCCACUAAAGAGACCUAAAAAUCGAGCACUGCGCCUCCCCUUUCCAUUUUCGCCGAUCGAUCUUAAAGCUUUGCGCGGCCUAUAACGGUAGGUGUAAUAAGUGGACAUGACCACGACGAGGUUCGCGUAGUAAUAGAAAUUGACUUGUCCAUUCGUUAUACGCACAUAAUUAAUAAUUAUACAUAGUUUUGAAACUGUUUUAUGUAAUAAUUAUAGAGUAGAUAUAUUAAACUUCAAAUUAGAAACGAAUGUUAGUCAAUCAUCAACUAAAGUCUGAAACUUGAACUUAGACUUAGAUAUGUCACUCUAAAAUCUAAACCUACAUGAAACAAAUGUCAUUAAUUAUUUGGCUAAAUUUUAUAUCUGUUUUCUACAGAGAAAACAGAAAAAAAACUUGUUUUGAUCGCCUACCCUUGUGUCAAAACUCAAAUACAGUCAAUUUUGGAUUUAAUGUUUGGAUAAGCCUCAAAAUAUAAAGUGCAUAAAUUUUUUGAAUUUAAGUUUAUAGCUUGAACGUUGUAAGUGCUUAUUGCUGAAAAUAACAUUGAAUGUCGUGUAAACUUGCUCCAAAAAGUUUUGUUCUAAUUAUUAAUAUUCGGUCCAUACCUUAACGCUAGGUUUCCAAUGCCUGUAUCAUAUUAUAAAGAAAUAGACAAAUUGAUGACAUUAUGUAGGUAUCUCCUUUUUAUUGGGGCCUAAGAUAUUUUCAUAAAAAUAACAUUGUCUCUUGGUAUGUCUAUGGUAAAAAUAUAGCACCAAUAUUACUAUUGACUAUUGGCGCGAAGAACCGUAAACGCGAUAUUUAUACACCUUAUAUUUUUUUUGGUGUAACCAAAGCAAUUUUUGGUUUAAUUUAUUCUAACGGCCCUAGUUGCAUCUCAUUAAACUUUUAGAUUAUUACUGCGUUUUGUAUGUAAGAACUUUAUGACGAUAAUUAUUAAAAAAUGUUAUC